CGAAAGAUCGACAUCGGGACGUUCAUCGAAAACUGUUCAAAAAAUAUACGGAAUAACAAAGGAAGAGUUUAUGAAUGAUGUAUCAACUGCACGAAUACCUGUAGUUCUCAAAGGGGUAGACAUUGGUCAAGCCAUUCAUAAAUGGCGUCCAGAUUAUUUAGCAAAAGUUGGUGGCGAGAAACCGGUGAAGAUUCACGUGUGUUGUGAAGGUCGUAUGGACUUUUUGAAUAGAAACUUUGCUUACAAAACUCUUGAAUUCGACAAACUAGUGUCAAGAGCAUCAGAAGACAUUCAUUCUGAAUAUUUUGUUUCUCCAGAUGAAAAAUAUUAUCUAAGAUCACUAGGAGAAGACCCUAGAAAGGAUAUUUCUGAUAUAAAUGUUCAUUUUCCAUCACUUGCACAAGACAUAAAAAUCCCAGACCUCUACCCRCAAGAACAGUUCUUUUCAAGUGUGUUCAGAAUUGCUUCACCAGGCUGCCAAUUAUGGACUCAUUAUGAUAUUAUGGACAAUUUACUCAUCCAGGUUUGUGGCCGUAAAAGAGUAAUUCUKUUUAGCCCUCAAGAUGCAUCAAAUCUUUAUCUAAAUGGUGACAAAUCUGAAGUGUUGGACAUUGAAAACCCAGAUCUGAAAUUAUACCCAAACUUUUCACAUACUGUGCCAUACGAAUGCCAUCUUGAUCCGGGUGAWAUUCUCUUUAUUCCAUCAUUGUGGUUUCAUAAYGUCUUAUCUAUUGACUUUGGGGUAGCAGUAAAUGUAUUCUGGAGACAUCUUGAUUGUGAGUUAUAUGACAAGAAAGAUAUCUAUGGCAAUAAGGAUUUGAUCCCAGCGACACAAGCUAUGCAGAUGAUGGACAAAGUCAUCAAGAAUUUAMACAAACUGCCAAAGGAAUAUGAAGACUUUUAUGCCAGAAGAAUUAUUAGUAAAUUGGAGAAUAAGUGCUUGUUGGYGCCAUCAAAUCAACAAACUUCUACAGAGAAAUAUGAAUCAUUGAAAUAAUAUCAUCAGACAUUUCAAUUUGGUCUAGCCUGAACUAAAAACAUAAACAAAACAAAACAAAA